CCUGAACAUGACUUUUUGCAAGCUUUUCAACAUCUUUGUCGGCAUCCUCGUGGCGACCGUUACAGUGCCAAUGGACAUUGUUACUGAUGCGCAGGACUGCCAGAAAAGUCCGCAAGACUGCAGCGCGACUCAGGUGCUGUCCGAUUUUACCGUGUUCAACACGUACGUCACAUCCGAUCCUAAUCCCACCAAGUUCUGCGAGAGAUACGACCAAACAUCACUUUCGGACGACGGCAACACAGCGGAGUAUGAUUUAGUGUACCGGGAUGCCACUGGAAGCGACGAACCCAUCAACGACACCUCCACCUUCACGGUAGCGAACAACACCGCAUUUUACGUCACCUACGGCAGUGAUGACGGUACCGUCUACCAACUCAAUCUUGAUUUUGUGAACGGAAACCAGUGCUUCGUUGGACACUGCAACUGCACAGACACCCAUUAUUACCUUUUCGACAGCGCUGACUCCGACAUCUUCGAAUACCACAAGUGCUUCAACAAGAUUGUCGAAUACUCAGGCGGCAACGUAGUGUUCCUGCGUGACCUCUCGAAGUGCAAGCAGAUUCCUCCAAAGCCUUAAUACGCAGCAUCGGAAAAAAAUACGACUACUUCCUUUUUUAUUGCGUUUAUGCCUUAGCAAUAUCUGC